GGUCUCACCCUGGGUGGCAAACCUAUACUUGGACAUAAGUCACCUUUUUCUUCCUGUUUUAUCUGUUUUGCCGCUCUCCAAUUUGAUCUAGAGCUUUCACCUUUAAGGGUGAGUUCCAUUCGAAUUUUCUUCUCCUAGUGCUUGGUUUAUUGGCAAAUUUUGCAUAUGUAUUAGCUUUGCUCAACCGUAUGAAGAAAAAUCGUAUCAGUUUUGGUCGCUGGUGCACCAAGGUUAUUUGAUAAUAUGCCUAAAUCAACUGACCGUGCGGCAGUUGACUAUGCCAUCUAAAACUGAAACGUUUUUACACGGUUCUAGAGGAAAGGAAUUGCAGACACUAUAAACUUGAAGGAGAAACUUAAAUACAGAAGGUUAAAGUAAAGAAAAAAGGUGUUGCCUAGUGGUCAAUGAAGAGGAAGGAGAACAUAUGUCUCGAGUUCAAAUUCUAGGGAAGGCAAAACAUAUUAGGUAAUUUGUUCCCAUCUGUUUAAGCCUUGAUGGAUGAAAUGAUACAGUAUUGUUGGGAGGUAAUAGGUAUCAGGUGGAAUAGUCGAGGCGUGCCUAAGUUGGCUCGGACAUCACGGAGGCAAAAAACACUAGGCGAUUUCUUUUUAUCGGCCUAAGCCUUGGUCGGCAUAGGUACCCGGUACUUGUGCUGGUGGGAGAUAGAAGAUGAACGUUGUAGGUUGAAGUUAAAAAGAUUUCAUUUGAGACAUAAUUUGCUGGUCAGACUCUAUUUGUUGAUGGCAGCAAUUAGGUUUUCAACUUUGGCAAGAAACCUCAGUUCCUCUUUAAGAGUAGCUAAUCAGAUUGAUGUCAGACCUUCAUUCGCUUGUGUAAAUAGUAACCACUACGCUAGAGAACCCACUUAUUCCAAAAGUUAUGCUGCCCCCAAAUGUUUCGAUAUGAGGGGUAUACACUCUGCUUGUGGGCCCAGUCAGGUUACUCCAUAUAGUAGGGGGCUAUUUGAUAAUAAAAGUUUGAGGGGAAGUAUCUCAAUUGUUCGGACUAGCCCCGUAUGGAAUAGUCGAUGGUAUUCAUCAUCUGUUAAUAGUAAAGGAGAUAUUCUUAAGGGUUCAGAGGUUUCAGCUGGUGCAACUGGGUCUGAUAUGGAUACAAGUGGUGUUGGUGGAAGUGAAUGGAUCGGUAAGGUUAAGGAAGCUUGGCAAACAACCAUAGAUGCUGUGACUUAUACCGGGGAAAAGGCGAAAGAGGCAUCUUCUGAAAUGACUCCUUAUGUUGAACAAGUGCUUGAUGCACACCCUUAUUUGAGAGAUGUAAUUGUUCCAGUUGGUGGCACUUUAAUUGGUACCUUGAUGGCUUGGAUCGUGAUGCCAAGGCUUUUGAGGAGAUUUCACAAGUACUCAAUGCAAGGCCCAGCUGCUUUGCUGCCUGGAAGCUCAAUAUGGGGGCAGGUUCCUUAUGAGAAAAGUAUUUGGGGUGCUAUGGAGGACCCCGUUCGAUAUUUGAUCACCUUCAUGGCAUUUUCACAGAUCGCGGUGAUGGUGGCACCAAGCACUGUUGCAUCGCAAUACCUUCUUCAGACUUGGAGAGGUGCUGCUAUUCUUUCAUUUGUCUGGUUUCUACAGCGAUGGAAAACAAAUGUGAUAAGUAGAGCUUUGGUUGUCAAGAGCCUUGAAAAAGGUGACCGUGAUCGGUUGUUAACUUUGGACCGAAUCUCUUCCGUUGGCCUCUUCAUCCUUGGGCUAAUGACUUUAGCUGAAGUUUGUGGAGUAGCCGUACAAUCUAUUCUGACUGUUGGUGGAAUUGGAGGGGUGGCUACUGCUUUUGCUGCUAGAGACAUCCUUGGUAAUGUUCUCAGUGGACUCUCCGUACAGCUAUCACAACCUUUUUCAGUUGGCGACACGAUAAAAGCUGGAUCAGUGGAAGGUCAAGUGGUUGAAAUGGGGCUCACCACCACAUCAUUGUUGACUGCAGAAAAGUUUCCCGUUAUUGUCCCAAAUUCACUAUUUUCCAGCCAGGUGAUUGUGAAUAAAUCACGUGCUCAAUGGCGUGCUUUGGUCACUACAGUUCCUUUCCAAAUUGAAGAAUUCGAUAAGAUUCUCCAGAUUUCAGAUGAUGUAAAAAACAUGCUCAGAUCUAAUCCAAGUGUUUUCUUGGAAAAAGAGGCACCAUACUGCUACUUGUCUAAAAUAGAAAAAACAUAUGCAGAGCUGACUCUUGGGUGCAACUUAAGAUAUGCGAGCAAGGACAAAUUGUUUUCAACACAGCAGGAUAUUCUUCUGCAAGCAGCCCGAAUAAUUAAGCAACAUGGGGGCAAACUGGCUGAUCCAUGGACUCAGUGAUUCGCUAGAUAGAAGAUGUCUUGCCUUUGAGGGACCUGGAGGAAGGAUGGGGUUCGGUGGUUCGGUCGUGGAGGUGGAGAUUUGGUGCUAGUUCCAGUGGGAGUUUUGCUUGAAAUUGUUGAUUUUAUCAUAGGAUUUUAGUAUUUUACUGUUGAGCUAUUGUUAUGGCAGUACCUGAAUAUGGUAAAUACUACUAUUGGCUAUGUUCUGUUGUAGGAUUUCGCUGUUGAACUUUGUCCGCAAUCACGAGCUUGAUGACGGCUUUUUAAGCUGAGAAAAAGUGUGGGCUUUCGUGUGGUAAAUGGAUGGCUGUCGCAUGUAAACUGAAGCCAUUUAACAAUUAAGACUUUUCAGAGCUAUCGCCUCCCCCUGAGCCGUAGCGAAAGCGAGUCUUCAUAGGAAAAUUGUCAAUGCUUAUGGACCCAAACUUGGGUGAUCCAUCCAUGACGAGGAUGAAGUUGGUGAUAAUAUGUAGAUAAGAUCUUAAGGUAAUUCAAAUAUUGUGCAUUUACCCUUUUGAAUUUUUGAAAUUGGAUUAUGCUUUAUUGACUUAUUUCAUA